UUUCCAACCGCCGUAUUUGGCUCAAUAUUUCCUUUGAGCUCAAAGAUGUCUCAAGACGACGAUGAGCAUCUCAAAUUUCUUCGUAUAGCCCUCGAAGAGGCAAAGAGAUGUGUUCCUAUCCCAACUGCUUUCUGUGUUGGCUGCGUCUUGACUGCCCGUUACCCAGCCGAUUCCUCACCAGUCGUGUUAGCCACGGGGUAUUCCAGAGAACUUCCAGGAAACACUCAUGCUGAAGCGAAUGCGCUGUCAAAGGCUCGCUCACUAUCCACGGAGGAGCUUUGUAAACUUCUUCCAGCACCACCUGACACGCUUAAUGUCGAGGAUUUACUCUCGUCGGCAGACAUGUACACCACUAUGGAGCCUUGCUCAGUUAGAACAUCCGGAUUGGCUCCAUGCGCAGACGCAACCAUUGCAGCACGCAUACGCAGAUGUUUCAUAGGUGUGGGGGAGCCAGAUGAUUUUGUGAAGUGUGAAGGAGCACAGAAGCUACGUGCCGCAGGUGUCGAGGUGAUAUGGAUCAAUGGUUUGGAACAGGAAUGUCUGGAGGUAGCGAGGCGGGGUCAUUGAUACACAAGGAAUACAUAUAUUCGUUUGCGAGGAAUAUGAAUACAACAAUCACUAAGAUAUACAAAAUGACGACGAAAUUCUCUCCCAUGAUUCACGCCAGGGCAUCCCGCACAAGUUUGGCCCAUUCAGCCACGAUCUUCUCUGCUUGGCUUGUACCUAUUACGUUUUCCCAGGUUUCCAAAGACAUCAAGAUCGCACCAGACGGCAUUGCUA